AGGAAGAAGAAGCUUUGAAGCAAACUGAAUAAUUCCGUGUCCCUGUAGAUUUUCCACCGGAAUCUCCUUAAUGCACUGAAAAGACCAGAAAUUUCAAUAGCAACUCCGAAGUCUAAUGACACUAGUCUCUCAAAGUCUGAGUAAAGAUUUUGAGUAUUAGGUAUUCUUUGAUUGAACUUGAAGAGUGAGAUUAUUUGAAGUGGGUAUGCUGUAGCUCUGCACUUUCGGUUUCAGGAAAGGAAUACAACAUGGGUUCCAAUCGUAUUCUCUUUGAGUUGCUUUUGUGACCAACCAGGUGCUAAGUUUUUGCUAAAAUUCUUGGUUUUGGUGAUCCUUGUAGAAGAACAUAGCUUCCGGGCAUGGAAAUCAUUUUAUACAAUUCUCCACCAUGCAGUAAUUUGAACCUGAAAUUAGCAAGGAAAAGCUUCAAUGCACAGCAAGUAAAGCUUACAUCUUUUAGAAGAAGUAGGAUUCAUUGCAGAAGAGGGUCUAUUGGAUCUUCUGAUAAAAGACAUCCUUGCUUAAAGACUUACUAUCAUGGGAAGGGUUCUAGGUGCUCAAAGUCAAAGGUGUUCAGUGGAAACUUCAAUGGGUAUGUCAUUGGAAAUAAAGAGGAUGUGGGAAGUAUGCCAGAAACUGGGGAAUCAGUGGGUAGGGUUUUGAUUCCUGGGUUGCCAAGUGACUCUGAUGGUGAAUAUGAGGCUCCAGUAAGCAGUUGUUUUUGGGAAUGGAAACCUAAGAUUAAUGUGCAUUAUGAGAAAUCAGGUUGUGAGAAUGUGAAUUCUCCACCUAUAUUGUUUCUUCCUGGUUUUGGUGUUGGUACUUUUCAUUUUGAGAAGCAACUCAAGGAUUUGGGACGUGAUUAUAGAGUAUGGGCAAUCGACUUUCUUGGUCAGGGCUUGUCGUUGCCACUUGAAGACCCAACUUCACAAUCUAAGGUGGAGAGCUCCUCUACGGGGAAGGAUCUUGUGUGGGGAUUUGGAGAUAAAACUAAACCGUGGGCCAGCAAACUGGUUUAUUCUAUGGAUUUAUGGCGAGAUCAAGUUCGCUAUUUUGUAGAGCAGGUGAUUGGAGAACCAGUCUAUAUUGUGGGGAAUUCUCUAGGAGGAUUUGUUGCAUUAUACUUUGCAGCAUGCCAUCCUCAAUUGGUGAAUGGUGUUACACUACUUAAUGCAACUCCUUUUUGGGGAUUUCUACCUAAUCCCAUAAGAUCUCCAAGAUUAGCAAGGUUAUUUCCAUGGUCUGGAACAUUUCCCCUGCCAGAAAGUGUGAGAAAGUUGACAGAAUUUGUUUGGCAGAAAAUAAGUGAUCCUGAAAAUAUUGUAGAAAUACUGAGACAGGUUUACGCAGAUCAUUCCACAAAUGUUGACAAAGUAUUUUCUAGAAUUCUUGAGACAACGCAACAUCCUGCUGCUGCUGCAUCAUUUGCUUCAAUUAUGUUUGCUCCUCGAGGAGAACUAUCAUUUAGGGAGGCUUUAUCCAGGUGUCACAUGAACAAUGUUCCCCUCUGUCUCAUGUAUGGAAAAGAAGACCCCUGGGUGAAACCCAUCUGGGGCCUUCAGGUUAAGAAGCAGGUGCCUGAAGCUCCAUACUAUGAGAUCAGUCCAGCUGGUCAUUGCCCUCACGAUGAAGUUCCUGAGGUUGUGAAUUACUUGCUUCGUGGGUGGAUCAAAAGCCUGGAAUCCCAAGGUUCAGUUUCAUUACCCCUGCUUGAUGAUGCUGAUGGUAUUGAGGAUGACAUUGCCAAGGAUUUGGAAUUCAUAAGAGAAGGUUCAAAAAUAACAGUGAGAGUGAGAUUCUUGGGAUCCAGCUUCUCAUUCUGGAACCGGAUAAUAUCACAAAUUAAAUCUCAAUAACACAGAAAACUUUAGCUCUGUCCAUGAGAUGAUGUAAAUUCCUAUAUGCUUCUCCUUCUCUCUUACUAUUCUAUUCAAUGAUUCAAUCAUAUAAAUGUAUUGAGUUGUAAAUGUUUUUCCAUUAGUUCUGUUUAAUGAAUUUUCUCCAUUUUC